CUAUUAGCAGAUGGUGAUGUUCAUGGAGGCUGUGUAACAAGAAAACUGUCAUAGGGUCAGAGCAGUGAAAUUAUGGUUCUAUUUUAUUUUCUGUAACUUUUCGAACAAAAUCUUACUUAGAUUGAAGAAAUUUUAUUCAAGUAGUCAUGUGCGUAUAGUUAGUGUGACCCUUAAAGUUCAAGUUGAAGCUCAAAGUUGCCUCGUAGCGAAAUGAUAUUCACUUGGAUAGCUGACCCUGCAUCACAGAUGAAAAAAUGAAGAUACUAUCAGAAAACAGUGAAUAUUUGAAUAAAUCUAAUUGCUGCUCAAUUAAAUAGAAUGUAUGUUUCAUGAAAAAAGUGAAAAGUGCCGUUUUGAUCAUUAGCAGUCUCUUUGUAAAGUGUGGUAAUACCCGAGAUGCUGCUGACUUCUCAUGAAAAAUAUGAGAAAUAUGGCGCCCUAAGCUCAUGCAAUGUCGAAUAAAAGUUGUACAUAACAUUCGUUCAAAUCUGAAUGAGUUGAUAAGUGUUUAAUGUGGCCGCUAACGCGCCUUCAACCUAAAACAUGUAUUUUGUUAUGGAUUUAUAUUUGAUCGUACUAUGUCUUCUCGUGAUAUGCAUUAGAGAUAGCUUGCAAGGUCCCCACGAAAAAAAUUUAUUAAACAAAUUAUUAAAUACGUACAACACGCUCGAGCGCCCGGUUGCAAAUGAAUCUGAAUCAUUGGAGGUGAAGUUUGGACUCACUUUGCAGCAAAUCAUAGACGUGGAUGAGAAGAAUCAGAUACUAACCACUAACGCGUGGUUAAAUUUGGACGAGAAGAAUCAACUACUUAUUACGAAUAUUUGGCUUUCUUUGGAAUGGAAUGACUAUAGCUUAAGAUGGAAUGAGUCUGAAUACGGUGGAGUAAAGGAUUUGAGGAUAACACCUAAUAAGCUAUGGAAACCGGAUGUGUUGAUGUACAACAGCGCUGAUGAAGGGUUUGACGGCACUUACCAUACAAAUGUCGUGGUUAAAAAUAAUGGUAGUUGUUUAUACGUACCUCCUGGCAUCUUCAAGAGCACCUGUAAAAUAGACAUUACAUGGUUCCCUUUUGACGAUCAACAUUGUGAAAUGAAGUUUGGUAGUUGGACGUAUGAUGGAAACCAGCUGGACUUAGUGCUGAACUCAGACGAAGGAGGUGAUUUGUCCGACUUCAUCACUAAUGGCGAGUGGUAUUUAAUAGGAAUGCCGGGAAAGAAAAACACUAUAACAUAUCAAUGCUGUCCCGAACCUUAUGUUGAUAUAACAUUCACGAUACAGAUUCGUAGAAGAACCCUAUAUUAUUUUUUCAACCUGAUUGUACCCUGCGUCUUGAUUUCUUCAAUGGCUCUAUUAGGUUUCACGCUUCCACCAGACUCUGGCGAAAAAUUGACUCUAGGCGUGACCAUUCUUCUAUCACUAACUGUAUUCCUGAACUUAGUGGCGGAGACAUUACCUCAAGUAUCCGAUGCAAUUCCUUUGUUAGGUACCUAUUUCAAUUGCAUCAUGUUCAUGGUUGCAUCAUCUGUAGUUCUUACUGUUGUGGUAUUGAAUUACCAUCACAGAACGGCUGACAUCCAUGAAAUGCCGCCUUGGAUCAAAUCAGUUUUUCUUCAGUGGCUGCCUUGGAUUUUGCGUAUGGGACGUCCGGGUAAAAAGAUCACCCGGAAAACUAUUUUGCUCUCGAAUCGCAUGAAGGAGCUUGAGUUGAAAGAACGAUCGUCAAAAUCCCUGUUAGCAAAUGUACUAGAUAUCGAAGACGAUUUUAGGCAUGCAAGUGCUGGAAUUACAGGUUCAACUACAGCAAUUAGUACUUCAGGGUUUUCUAGGCCCACCACAGUGGAAGAACAUCAUGCAAUGUCAGGUUGCUCGCAUAAGGAUUUGCACUACAUUCUGAAGGAAUUGCAAUUCAUAACGAAUAGGAUGAGGAAAGCUGAUGAAGAAGCAGAAUUGAUCAGUGACUGGAAAUUCGCCGCUAUGGUUGUUGACAGAUUCUGCCUUUUUGUAUUCACGUUAUUUACGAUUAUCGCUACAGUCACUGUGUUACUAUCGGCUCCACACAUAAUAGUGCAAUAAUAACGAAUUAAAUUUUGAUAUAAGGACUUGUUAUAUAGGUGAUCUAUUAAAAUUUAUAAGAUUUUUUAAAAUGGGACAUGUAAAUCAAGUUAGAAGUUAAUUAGAUUAUUAAAAUAGAUUUUAAUAAACAAACGAUCAGUUAAAAACUGCCGACAAAUAAUGAUGAACGACAAAAUCUAAAACAUCAUAAGUAAAUAUCGGAUGAAUACGUAUAGAUAAAAGAAACGAUAAAAAUAUUUUUUUUAAAACAAAAAAACAGAUUCGACGGAAUAAUAUCUUCUAAGCGUAAGUCCUCAAAAGAACUCAAGCAACUGUUCCUGCAAUCAUUACCAAAGCACUAUUGAGAUACUGAUGAUAAAAACCUGUAUAUGAGAGCCAUAUAGAGGAUGUCUAUUUUUGCAUCUGCGUCUUGAAAAUCACUUCAUCAGUGUUAAGUUCAACAGCAAAGUUGUCAUCGCGAAAUGGGAGGAUUUAAUCAAUCAUUGCAACAAUAAUGGUAGUUUAUAAUUAUCGCGACAGGAAAUGAAUGAAAUUAGCACUGUACGGUAAUAAAAUUAACGAAGAGAAUACAUUUCUUUUCAUAAUAUAUGUAUAGUUGCAUGCGUAUAGGGACAAAUGUUAUCCUUAUAUGAAUGUAAGAAUGUAAGAAUAAGGGUUAGCAUAAUAACGAUAUAAAUAGGAAUUAUCAAUACUGUAUUGAAAGAGUCAUCUAUAUGUAGAUGGUAAAAAGUUACAUCUGAUUUGAAGAUUAUGAAACAGAUAGCGUAUAUAUUUCGGAUAUGCGCGUUAUAUAAUUGUUAGAUACAAAUAUGCAAAAGUAGAAUUGUUACUAUAAACAGCGAAAUCAGAAUAGCUACGAAUUGAAGUUUUCAGUACAACUGAACUAGCAGCAUACAUAUAUUAUAAAUUAUUAUAAUGGUGAACAAUUUUGUUUUUAUUUGUUUCAUCAACGAAAAAUUUAUUCAAAAAAUUUGCAACAGUGGUGUGGUAUUUUUGUUUGCAUAUUUGCCGUUUUAAAUAUUAUUUUAUAAAAAAAUAUAGUCGAAAUGUAAUUUAUGGUAGUUGAGUAAUCCUAUCUAGUUUACUUAUAUUUUUAAAAUUUGUUCAAUUCAAUCGGGAGAAAAUACUAAUGUUAAUGAAAAACAUGCAUAUUGCAGUUGUAUCGGGUAAAUUUUACUACUAUGUAGACACCAUAGUUUAACCGUAAAUGUAAGAUGUGGUAUACUCACAAUUUCAUGUAUUCAAAAUUGUUUUCUUUUUCAUAGAGUUUCAAAAACUACAGUAAUGAAAAAGCGAUAUGAAUUGAGCUUUCCAUCAAUUUCAAUUCUCCGUAUAAUUUUUCCUGAACAUUUUAUCAGUGGAUCCUAAACAUUUUAUUAGUGGGUCAUCAUGUUAUCGCUUUUUGUUUGCAUCUCGAUGCGACAGUUAAGGUAAUUUGGCUCCCGAAUUAGCAUCAAUAUUUCUGGAUUUGGGGAUGACAGUUUACAGUGAUUUGACUUGCAAAGGAUUUACUUCACGGCGCCAUGCAAAAGACAUACGUAUCUAUUGCAGUGUCAAUAAAAAUUAACGUCCAAAAAGUAAAAUGGUUCGUAUUUGUUUAUAAAUGUAAAGUUAAUGUAUUUUAAGUAAUUUUAAUUUUCUGAAACGAAAGUUCGUAUCAUGCUCAAAAUUGUUGAACAUUAACGAUUCAAUAAUGUUGAAGAGAUGCAAAAUUUUGGAGGAGAGCAUGGAGUCGUGAUGACUUCAAGUUCAGGUUGAACAGGAACAUUACAGAGUUUAGUUAGUUAUUCUGAAGAAGAUAUCUUAGUGGAAUGUUAGUCAACCAGAACGACAUGGAUUUAUUUUUCUUCUAUUAUUUUAAAUAUUUUCAAAGCAGAGAGUUUUCCUGGAUUAUUAUUGAUUCAAUAAAAAUUAUCUAAUAUUUGAUAUGCGUUAAAUUGUCGUACGUUUAUAAUUAUUCGUAAAAAAGGGUUUACACAUUCGAUCAAAAACCGCUAAAGCAAGAUGCGAGCUAAGCAUGAGAGCUAUAAUUUUCUAGAUAAGGGAGGGUGGCUUAGACAAUCCUAUCCCCCUUUAUCACGCCAAACAAAAAAAGUUGAUCGUUACCAAUCGUUACCAAUCGAUUAUGUAAUACCUGAGUCGGUAUGCAUUACAUUGAAGCUUUCAUAGCACUCAUGGAAAAUUAGAGACGCAUGAAAGUUAAAAAUUCUACAAAAGGUUUCGAUUCCUUUCUAAAUAGGGCGAAAUGUUAUAAACUGUGAAAUUUCUGUGACACGGAGCGUUGUAAGAAUUGGUGUUAUAGCAAAUAAUUUACGUUACCGUUUUGUGCGAGUUUGAUAUUAUUUGUAGAAGUAAAUGAGAUUUUACGUUAAUUUUUAUGCUACCUCUGGUUAUCUGGGGAAUUUGAGUUGAUGCAAAGCUUAUGCAAAGUAGUUUGAAAUUUUUUGAGGUAAUCUCUUCAAAAACACGGAGGUCAAUUUCAGGGGAAAUUCUUAUUGGACUCCUUGGAAGAACUCAUAGGGUAACUUUGAUGUUUGAGGAUAUUCUCCGACUCAGAAUGAUCCAUCCUUUAACUACCAUUUACCCAACUCUAACUGUUGAAUUGAACUAAGACGCAUUUAAAGUUUCUUUUUGCAAAUUUGAAUGAACAUCUUUUAAAG